ACUUUCCAUCCUUAUCUUCUCCAAUUCAUGUGCACGCCUCAACUACCUUGUUCUUCAGCUUGAUUUGAUCAAUCGCCCGAUAGAGAAGGCUCCCUCACUUUAACCUGACCUCUAUCACACCUCACUGCCAUCGAAUUCUCCAGCCAUGUCCGGCUCCAAUCUACAUAACGCUCUUCUCCGCCCUCCGAUCAUUCAAAUCCUGCGCGCUGCAGGCUUCCACUCGACGCGUCCCUCAGUCCUAGACACUCUUGCCGACCUCACUGCCCGAUACAUUAUGCUCCUUGCCUCAUCCACAAGCGCUCAUGCAGCUAACGCCCACCCCGAAGACCCCAUCCCCGUGCUCGAAGAUAUUUACCAGGCCUUACAAGAUGCAGGCGCGUUGCGGCCGCAGCUGCGGGAGUGGGAGGAGGAAUGGCAAGGGGAAGAGGACAUGCGAGGACUAGAAGGGUUUCUGUCGUGGUUCACCGGCCCCGCCAACCGCGAGAUCCGGCGCAUCGCUGGGUUCGUGCCCAGUGAAGGGGACAUGGUGGACGCGGACUCCCUGGAGAAGGAGGACUUCCUGACAGCCCUGAAGAAGAAACACAGCAAGACGGGAGAAGAGUCGCGAUAUGCGGGGACCGUGCUGGGGAAGAGCGGCGAGGAACACCCGAUCGUGAUCGAGGGCGGUGCGCCGACCCUGCAGGAUUGGGGGUCCCAGAUGCGAUCCCGUGCACCCUAUAUGGCCGACAGCGACUCCUCAGUGGUGAGCAGUGCACCGAGCAAUUUGUCUGAUGGAGAGGGAAUGGACGUGUGAUGGGAUAGAUGGAAGUGUGUCGCAUUCUAUCUACGAUGACUCUUUUGGUUUCCUUGGUCACUUUCGACCAUGAGACCCAGUACCCCAAGUCAAGCGAGGGAUCUUCGCUUGGCUGGUCCAGCUGAACGGCAUUGCCAGUAGCAGAAAGCCAUCCCAUUCGCCAUCUGGCUGGGGGCACAACCUCCUUCGACCUAAAUCGUUGACGCAAAGCACAGGAGCUACGCCAUUCAGAAUCGCAACAUAAGCGGUGUAGCCGAGUCCAGCGCAAACUUGAGAAACAAGAGGACGAUGUCAUUGCGAAAAUGCAUCUGAGGGAUGGCAGGACAACAUGGAGGGUUUUAUGUAUCUACCUUACUAGGGGCGCAAUUCAGGAGCCCCGCGUACUUGAGAUGAGCUGGAUGUAUGAAACAUCUCAACCACUAGGAU